GGGCAACACUGUGUUAUAUAUGCACUUGACAGUUGGAAUUUUUAGGGUUAGAUUGAUAUCGGCUUUGGAAACAUUAAAUUUAUUACUGUUAAAUUGCAAAUCUUUUUAUAAUGAUAGAUAAAAUAAUCCGCGCUUUGGAAGCUGUGGGAUAUAAGGGCCUUUUAAUAAAUAAAACUGAAUUAAUUGCGGCUAUUGAUGGGGGACAGAAAAGUAUACCUUAUACAGAAUUAGUAAAAUAUGUUACAAACGAAAUCAGGACUCUAAGUAAUAUAGAUGAGGAAGUUAAUGCAAUUUCUACCCCAGAAGAUUCUGUGUCAUUUGUAAUGGAAUUAAGCUCAUUUCUUAAAGAAUUAAAUUGUCCUUAUAGGGAUUUAACAAAAGGACAUGUGUCUGAUAGGUUACAAAACACAUCUGAUCGAUUAACAGUGCUAGAUUAUUUAUUAACUGAGUUAAUGGGUGCUCGAAUUACACAAGAAACUAAACCAGAGAAAAAAAUCGAGUUAAAAUUACAAGAAACAUCUGAAGCAGCUGAUAUGCGAAUUAUUUUACAAACGCUAAGGUUUCCAAAACCUCCGGCCAAUAUAUCUAUUCCAACUUUAUUUCAAAAAUUAGUUCCCACAGUAGGUAUAGUUUUACAAAAAGCUGGGGUAAAUCUUGUUGGAGAGGGCAUAUUUAAAGGAGAAUUGUCAAACCAACAGUGGGAAACCUUAUCCAAAGUGCAAGAAGAUUUAAACAAUGAAUACAAAAUAAGAAGGGAAAUGAUAUUAACUCGUUUGGAUGUGACAGUGCAAUCUUUUCAGUGGUCUGAUAAAACUAAAGGAAAGGAUGAAUUAUUUGAAAAAUUAUAUGUUUCCAAAAGAAAGAUGCUUAAAGUUGAGCCAGAUGUUGAUCUCAGUGAUUUGUUAGCUGCCAGGACUGACUUAGCCAUUAUUGAAAAAACCUCAAAUUCAUCUGUUAGAAAAAAUACACGCACAUCGCUUAAUAAAGUUAUUAUUGGAAAAGUUCCCGACCGAGGAGGCAGAACUUCCGAGCAAGCACCUCCCCCACCUGAAAUGCCAUCGUGGCAACAAAGAAGCGCAGGUCCAGCAGGCGGGGGUGGCAGGGGGGGAGGACGAGGCGCAGGUCGCGGAGGCGGCAAUUUUCAAAGAGGAGAUAAUAGCGGCGGUAAUCAAGGGGGCUAUAGCGGAGGCAAUCAAGCAUACGGCGGAGGUGGAAACUCGAGCAGGGCUUACGAUAGCGCUGGAGGAUACUCAAUUGAAACAAAAUAUGGAGGCAGUAAUAAUAGCGGUUACAAUAAAGGUGGACACGACGGAAAUAGAGGAGGCUACAGCCGUGGUGGCAAUGACAAUAGAUCUGGUUACAAUAGCAGUUACAGCGAUAACAGAAGUGAUUAUAGUGAUUCUAGCGGUUACAGAGGCAACAAUAGUACAGGCGGUUAUGAUAAUUCAAAUAGAAGGGACAGCUAUAACGAACAAACAUCUAAAAGAGCAAAAACGUACGACUCUUACCAAUCGAAUAAAACGACGUAUGCAGACCAGUAUGUUCAAGAGAGCACCCAAAACCAGCAGUAUCAGUCGCGUGGGCAACACGGCGGUGGUCGCGGUGGUGGAAGGGGGAGAUCCAACUAUGGCAGGGGCAGAGGCAGUAAUAGCCAUUAUUGAUGUAUUAAAUUUAAAAAACUGUUUUUGUUUAACUCAUUGAAUGCUUUCCUGUAUGUACUUAUGUACUCAUUUAAUAUAUAAAUAAUUAUUUAUUUGAUGGCUUAUACUAAUAAUUAUCAAUUAUAAUGAACCUCUCAUAAUACUUAAAUAAAUUUAUAUAAGUAUUAA